AAAUCACGAGGAAAACAGCACUUCCGCAUUGACUAUACAUAACCACAAGUCACUUGUAACACAGAACAAAUCUUGGACAACAACUGAAAAAUGGGCCAGCCAAAUUGGCUUUUCUUGGUGUCACUGUUUACGGCAGUGUAUGGUCAGUUUAUACCUCCAUAUACGGAAGAAUGCCAAAAGAACAUGUACCCACCUAAAGGCCCAACGUUUAAAGGAGGAGUCACCUGGUACACUGUAGAUCUUGAUCUACACCCUAGUGACAGAUGGACUGCAAUAAUCACGGACAAAAAGGCAGAUCUGGUUGACAUGAUCCAGGCCAUCAGGGAUUUGGCUGACGCUUUUGUUCCAAGCGGGAAAUUGAUUGAAAUGGUUGACAUAGGUUUGCCCUUGGUGGCAAGCACCCUCCCCUACCCCUUCAGGGAUGAACUAAAAGGAAUUGCAACCGCCUCUGGACUCCCUCUUGGUGAGGUGGUGCUGUUCAACAUCUUCUAUGAAGUGUUCACUGUUUGUACUUCACUUGUGGCUGAAGACAGUGACGGUAAUCUAAUCCAUGGAAGGAAUCUAGAUUUUGGGUUAUUCAUGGGCUGGGAUUUGAAGAAUAGGUCGUGGAUGAUCACAGAGAAGCUCAAGCCUUUGGUGGUCAACAUUGACUUCACGAGAGAUAACAAGACGGUUUUCAAGUCCACAAACUUUGCUGGAUAUGUGGGCAUGUUGACCGGGAUCAAACCGCAUACUUUCACACUGACCAUGAAUGAGCGCUUUAGCCUGGAUGGAGGAUACAUUGGGAUCCUGGAGUGGAUCUUGGGAAAGCGGGAUGGGAUGUGGAUGAGUUUCCUCACUCGCUCUGUCCUGGAGAAUGCCACCAGCUAUGAGGAUGCUAAGAAGAAGCUGUCCCUGACCCAGCUCCUGGCCCCAGCCUACUUCAUACUGGGGGGAAACCAGACAGGCCAGGGCUGCAUCAUCACCAGGUCCAGACUCCUGAGCCUGGACGUGUUGGAGAUUGACCUGAAGCAGGGCCGUUGGUACGUCCUGGAGACCAACUAUGACCAUUGGAAGGAGCCCCUCUUUCUAGACGACCGCAGAACUCCAGCCAUGAAGUGCAUGAACCAGACCAUGCAGGCAAAUAUUUCACCGAAGACUGUUUAUGAUGUGCUGUCCACAAAACCAGUCCUGAACAAGUUGACCACCUACACUACACUCAUGGAGGUGUCCAAGGGGAAACUGGAGUCGUACAUUCGUGACUGUCCAAAUCCCUGCAUGCCGUGGUAAAUGUCCUCAAAGCAGAAAUGUCAUCAGGUUUUAAAUGCUCUAAUUGCACAGAGUGGCCUUCUGGUGGAUUGUUAAGUCUUUGCACAAUGACUUACCAUUGAGAACCAAUUAUCACCUCGUAACAAAGCACUAGCUUAGUGAGAUUGACAGUUUUUUGGACAGUGUUGGUACAUUAUUUUUUCACUGUUUAAUCAUUGUUGGAAAUAAUAGAAAUGAUAGCCUUCCUUCCAACUGCUUAUGGAUUUUCUUUCAAUGUUUGUACACAAGAGUAAAUGGGAAAAAGUCUUGAACUGGAUUUUUGGGAUUUAUGUUUGUUAUGUCUUGUGGGGUGGGGUGGUUAGUGGCCGCAUACAGCCAGUUCUAGAAUUGGGGCCAUUGCAGAAACAGCAUCUCGGUUGCACUAAGCGAUGGAUGACCUUUAUUCUUCCUGUCACUGACAAUUGCAUUUCCAAAAAUAUGAUUUAGCUAAUAAUAAAAUUGUCUUUUUAAAAACCAUUUUUUUCCAAAUAAACAAUUUAAUCAAA